GAGGGCCAGGAAAAUGAACACCAGAGCGAUUCCGUAGAUCCAAACACACACCUUUAGCCGAAGCCGGUCGACGUCGCUGCCAGGACGAUCACUCAUCGAUCUGGAUCCGUUAUGGUUAUGAAAUGUGUCACUGAUUCGAGCUCGGCUUGACAGCUAUUAUGAUAGGUAUUAGUAGAUCGAUAUCAGCCCCGAAUCUCAGCGUGAGAACACCUCCCCAUCCAUCCUUUGGAUCACCUCCCCAUCCAUCCUUUGGAUCACUAACGGAAGGACAUGAGGAAGAGGCGCGAUAUACGUUUAGCCACAUCUCCCAGGAUAGUGUGACGUUUCCGGUGAACGCGGAUCAGGCCACUUCCUAUACACGUCCGAUAUUUUUCCGGCAUCGUUCUGCCUUCCAGUUUCGGUGCAUCGUGUUCGCUCUGGUGGGCAUCCAGAUGUUCCUAGGCUCGCUGCAGUGGCUGGUGGGGAUGUAUCGUUGGCGUCCGCAUCUCACCGAACCGGAGCGAAGUAUGUCCGUAAUCCUCCUGCUGCUGUCCUGGAUAAAUCUAGUACUGGCAUUCAUUGGCUUCCGGCGGCUGCAGUUCACCUUUCCGCUCAACUGGAUCGUCUUCGCCAGCGCCUUCGAGAGCCUUACUAUGCUGGUGCUGUGCCUGCGUCUCAUCGAGCUGGAUCUCACCUGGCCGUUUAUACUGUUCGGCAUCGGCAUCUUGGCUGCCUAUACGGCCCUGGGAAUAUGGGUGCCUAGCUUCAUGACCGCCAACCUUUGGAUUCUCAUCGUGGCCAGCAUUGUAGUGGUUGUAACGUCCACCGUGGCUCUCCUUAUCCGGCUGAAGAUGCGCUACUACGUGCCCCUCAGCUUCUGCCUGGUCGUGUUUGGUCCCUGGGCCAUGUUUAACUCGCAGAAGCUCUUUGUGGUCCACAUGCGGGAGGGCUAUAUGAACCAUCAAUACAUGGAGGCGGCGACGAAGAUGUACACCAACUAUGCGAUAACGGUUGGUUCUUUGGUCUAUCUCUACAACCUCUCAAAGGAUAUAUUGGAAAGCCCUUAAUUGCAAAAAAUGUGUUGACUUUCGGAGCUGGUAUUCUUUUGAUACAAUACCUACAUUUUAAGCUGUUAUGUAAUGUUUUUCGAAAAACCCUUCUUAAAUAUCAUUAUAAUCUAUUUAUCAAAAUUUUUACUGUUUAAAAGUCUGUAAAAAUU